AUGACGAUUUCAUUCCGUGUGAACCCGGAGUACGCUAUGAUGAGCGAAAUCGUACCGGGUCUGUUCAUAUGUGGUGUGAGUUCGUUAACGAGUGAGGAUAUCAAGAAGAACAAAAUCACCCACAUUAUCAAUGCCACCACCGAAGUGCCCAAUCUACGUAGCCUUGGUGAUAUUCAACGUACGAAAUUGUGGCUUGAAGACACUCCACAGACCUAUAUCUACCCCCAUUUGGAGCUGCAAAGUGACCAGAUCCAAGCCAUCAUCGCUGAUGGAGGUAGGGUGCUUGUGCACUGUGUAGCCGGUGUGUCACGGUCAGCAUCGAUCUGCUUGGCGUUUUUGACGAAAUAUAGGUGCCGUUGUUUACGUGAUGCUUAUCAUUUAAUGAAAUCAAAACGACCGAUGGUUCGUCCGAAUCUCGGUUUUUGGCGACAGCUGAUCGCAUUCGAGCAGAAUGUCAAGGAAAAUUCCGGUAGUGUACGUUUGGUACGUGACGAAGCUCAACCAGAAUGCCUUCUUCCAGACGUCUAUCUCUCAAUAGCUAUCAAGCCUCGACCAGUGAGUCCAACGGACCACGAUACCGAGCGGCAAAGUGACGAGCCGCGAGAACGAAGAGUCUCUGGCAUUCGACCCAAGUUCCAGCCCGUACUCGAACCUCUUAUCGAGAUCACUGAAGCCGUUUGCUAA